AUGGCCCCAGCAAAAGAAGCCAGGAUGGCUUGCAGUGCUGCAGAUGAAGCAUCAUUCAUUAAGCAGCAGGAACUUCUUCGAGACCGCUGCGCAAAAGCUCUCGCGGAUCAUCUUGAGGCCAAUCCUGAUGUUGUGUGGACACCCGAAGAUGGCUACGGAGAGCCCCCCAAAACGGAGGAAGAGGUUGCUCGGCUUAAAUUGGUUGUGGAUGUCGAAUUCGACGAAGAAACCGGCCAGCCAAUCUUCCCUCCGGGCAAUAACCGACUCUCAGAUGAACUAGUGUAUCUGGUGACGAAGUUCAUGAACGCCCGUGAUCUCGCACGACGAUACCCCUACGAUUUCGACAAAAUGGGCCAUAUCAACCCCCAACGAGUCUCAUCAGGUCCUGCUCCCAUCAUCUGGGCUCAUGGCCUGCCUUUCUUCCCGGUAUACAAAGGAUACUACAUCCUCUGUGGACGCGACCACGCCGAGUGCAUUGGCUGGUUGCUUCACGAGAGGACCAGAGAGAUCAUGCACGCCAACCCGAUCUGGUCAAUUGGAGCAGUCAUCGCACCCGAUUCUGCAGUGAAUCUACCUCACACUAUCACUCGUCAGAUGACACAACACAAGCCGUAUGGUGCCGAGAAGGACUCGCGUUAUAAGGGCAAGGCCUGGACUCGCGAUAUUGUGGCUGCUGAGCACCAUCUCUGCGCAGUUCUGCCGAACCUGGGCACUGAAGAGAUUGAGGUCUGCCCGAUGUGGAGAGCCUGGGGUUACAACGCUCGUUGUGGACCUAUGAAGCGUGGCGCGAAACCGACUACCAUGCCGAAGGAGUUCUUCGCAAACCAUGGUAUCAAAGAUAUUGACUAUGACUCUCUCGCGAGGCCAUACGGCAACCACCUGAUGGACGAGGAUGAAGAGACAGAUGAUGAAACGGACCCAGAUGGUGAUAUCGAGGUUAAAGACCCCGUUGAAAAGAGUGGUGAAAUUUCUAGCAGCGGCAAUCAACCCAUCAUGGCUCAAUCUGCAUCCCAAAUGGACUUGAAUAUGGGAAUCGACAGCCUGAUGGAGGGUUCAAAGCAGGUUACAGAGGAGGUCGCGGAAGAGGCCAAGGAGGAGGUCCAGAAAGAGGCCCAGAAAAAGACCCAGAAAGAGACCCAGAAAGAGACCCAGAAAGAGACCCAGAAAGAGACCCAGGAAGAGGCCGUGGAAGUGGCCAAAGAAGAGGUCAAGAAAGAUGUCGCAGAAGUGGUCUUGGAAGUUCCCAUGAAACAGGUCACCGAAGAGAUUGCCAAAGACCCUGGAAUUGCCUCCUCGGACCUUGAUGAGAAACAACCUGUUCUUUCCAGCAGCAUUGUGGUCACUGAGAGUCUCGUCGCCGAGCAGAUCAGCACUGCUGGUAUCCCUUUUGGGGAGACUACGAUUCAAGCCGCUGCAAUUGUUCAACCUACCGAGGUGCAAUUGAUGACCAACCAACCUGAAACCGAACAGGAAGUGACAGUUACAUCUGCUGAGAUCACUCUUGCCAUUGACCCGCUCAAGGUGAAGCAAAUCGCACCCGAACAGCCCAGCACUGAGCAGCUGGAUCACGCAGCAGCUUGUGGCUUAUUUGAGAAGCCGAAAGUUGCUAACGACCCUGCAUCUCAAUCGGUUGCUGAUGACACUGACGUCGUCAUGAGUUAA